CGCUACCUCGCCGAAAUCAUUGGAGGUAUACUGUUAGGUCCAUCAGUAAUGGGCCAGAUCCCAAACUUCGGCCGCCUAAUCUUCCCCUUCCGCAGCGUCCUCAUCCUCGAAACCAUGGCCAACCUCGGCCUCAUCUACUUCAUGUUCACCGUCGGCAUCGAGAUCGACCCCUCCACCGUCCGCCGCCGCUCCCGCAAGUCGCUCUCCUUCGCCUUCGCCUGCAUCGGCAUCCCCUUCACCCUCGGCCACCUCGCCGUCUUCAUCGCCCCUCCCAAGCUCGGCAUGGCCGUCUCCAACUGGGCCUUCUUGAUCUUCCUCUGCGUCACUCUCUCCAUCACCGCGUUCUCUGUUCUCGCUCGAAGCCUCGCUGAGCUCAAGCUUCUCAAUACCCCGCUCGGCGCUACUGCCCUCAACGCCGCGGUGCUCGUCGACAGCUUCGCCUGGAUUCUGUUGUCGCUGGCGAUUACGCUCGCGCAUAAUGAGGGGAAAGCAAGCCGGACUCUCUGUACUUUUCUGUCUGGGUUCGCUUUCUAUUUGACGAUGACGGCCGUCGUUAAGCCGGCAAUGCAAUGGGUGAUCAAUAGAACGCCGGAAGGCGAAGAGGUUGACGACGUUUACGCGUGUGCCAUACUGGCAAGUGUGCUCGUGGCGGCGUUCGUGGCGGACGCGAUAGGGAUUCACGCGGUGACGGGGGCGUUCAUGUUCGGGAUGGUGGUGCCGAACGGGGGUUUAGGGGAGGCGUUGAUAGAGAUGAUACAGGAUUUCGUGGAGGGGCUUUUGGUGCCGUUGUUUUUCGUCACGAGCGCCGGUUUGCAAGAUGGAUUUCGGGGGGGUGGGAGAGCCACGGCGGGCGCGGCCGUUUGUGGUCGGGGAUGGUGGUGA